AUGGCUUUACUACAUUGUAUUUUUUCUAUCUUAAUCACAGCAGAAUUUGUUCUGGGAAAUUUCGCCAACGGUUUCAUAGUGCUGGUGAAUGGAAUUGACUGGAUCAAGAGACAAAAGAUCUCCUCAGUGGAUCAAAUACUCACGGCUCUGGCGGUCUCCAGAAUUGGUUUGCUGUGGGGACUAUUAUUAAAUUGGUAUGCAAGUGUGCUCAAGUUGGCUUCCUGUAAUUCAGAAGUAAGACUUUUUACUCAAAUUGUCUGGAUAGUAAACAAUCAUUUUAGUGUCUGGCUUGCUACUAGUCUCAGCAUAUUUUAUUUGCUCAAAAUAGCCAAUUUCUCGAGCUUUCUAUUUCUUUACCUCAAAAGGAGGGUUAACAGUGUGCUGAGAGUAGUUUUGCUAGGGAGUUGGCUCUUUUUGUUGUCACACUUUGGAAUAGCGAGUAUCUAUAAGAUUAUUCCAAAAAAUAGAGGAAAUGAGACUUGUAAGACUGAAGUAAUGGAAGUUGAGCAGCUUCCCAAUUUGGUUGUCUUCACGCUGGCAAACUUUGUCCCCUUCACCAUGUCGCUGGUGUCCCUAGUGCUGCUGAUCUCUUCCCUGUUGAAGCACCUCAAGAAGAUGAACGUGAAUAGCAAAGGAUCCCAAGAUCCAAGCACCAAGGUCCACAUCAGAGCCAUGCAGACCGUGACCUCCUUUCUCUUCUUGUUUGCUGGUUAUAUACUAGCUCUAACCAUCACGGUUUGGAUUUCGGACAACCCCCAGAGCAAGCUAGCCUUUAUGUUUUGCCAAAUGCUUGGAAUCCAGUAUCCUUCAAAGCACUCGUUUGUGCUUAUAUGGGGGAACAAGAAGCUGAAACAGAUGUUUCUGUCAUUCCUGUGGCAUCUAAGGUACCAACUGAGAGGAAAGAAGUAA